CAGUUUCAUUAAACAUUUCAAUCGAUUAAGUCGCAAAAGAGUUGGAUAGACUUACCAUUUGAAGUACAUGUGGAUCAUUGAUUUUAAUUGAGAUACAAUCUUGUAGGCGCUUAGCAUUAAAAAAUCAACACAUUAAACUCAACUGACAAAGAUGAAGAGUCGAGGGCUAAUCUCAUUAAUUAUCCUAAUAUCCAUCACAAUCCAGUCAGCUUUAACUCAAAACUUUUGCCGCACACCCGGCUACAAGAUGGGUCGAUGCUUACCAAUCUACAAUUGUGACUACCUCCUUAACAUAUUAAGAGCAAAACCGCUUACUCAACAGACAAUAAGAUUCCUUCAAAUGUCGCAAUGUGAUGCUGGAUGGCCAGUUGAAGAAAAUAUUCCGUACGUGUGCUGUGCCAGAAAUGAUGACUCGUUAAUUUUACAACCGACCACAGCAGAUGCACCACCGCAACCAUCAGCAUUAUUACCAAAAAUAUCAACACAAACGGCAAAUUUUGAUGACUAUGAAGAUGAAAAUACAGAUGACUCAAUCAGUUUCCAAAAUUCGACCGAUCUGUUGCCAAACGAGAGUGAUUGUGGACGGGAAUAUAUUGAGAAUCGAAUUUAUUCGGGACAAAACACAGACAGAGAAGAAUUUCCAUGGCUGGCAUUAUUCGAGUACAGAAAAUUUUCUGGUGAGGUUUCAAUAAACUGCGCUGGAAGUUUGAUAAGCAAGAAAUAUGUCUUGACUGCAAGUCAUUGCAUUACGGGUGAUAUAAUCGCAAGAAUCGGGAUGCUCUCAAACAUUAGACUUGGUGACUACGAUUUAAGAGAAGCUGAUGCAUGCAAUGAACGGAACUGCCAAAAUCCCUAUCGAUUCAACGCAAUAGAAGAAGUAAUACCUCACGAAAAUUACAAUCAACGAGCUAUUAAUCGUAGAAAUGACAUUGGAUUAGUGAGACUAAGAAAAGCAGUUAGGUUUAGUCGUAUGGUUCGCCCAAUUUGCUUGCCAGCUGCUGAUCUACCACCACUCAAGGCAGGUAAUACUGUCUAUAUAGUUGGUUUUGGAAGAACAUUGGCAGCAAGAAGAAGUACAAUCAAACAAAAAUUGGCAAUUCCAAUUUAUGAUCAUGAAAUUUGUAAGAGAAAAUUCUCAUCUAAGAAAGUUGUCAUUCAUGAUGAGCAACUGUGUGCUGGGGGAGAAUUCUCAAAAGACGCCUGCGACGGAGACAGCGGCGGUCCACUUCAAAGGUUCCACAACACAUGGAUAGUAGAAGGAAUUGUCUCAUUCGGUUACCUUUGUGGACUUGAAGACUGGCCAGCAAUCUACACAAAAGUGUCAUCAUACCGAUCGUGGAUUGAGGAUCACAUGCGACCUUGAAUUCAUUAAUUUAUCAGACUUAUUCUUGAGAAAUGUUACAAGUCAGCAUUUGUAUGGAUGCACUAAUCUCAUGGACAUUAUUAAUUUAAUAAAUAAAAGAGAAUCUCGUGAAAUACUCAGAAA